AUAAUGAUUCUGGAUAUCUAAGAGGACCAUGGAUCGAAUGCAGUAGCUCCGUAAAGGCGAGCAAGUACUUCUCUAACGGAUUCAUUCAGUUGGGGAGUUUUUAUUGGCACCACAGUACUUGACAACAUCUUGGAUUUUGGUUACAAGCGGUCCUCUUUGGCUUUGCAUUCUUAAUGCUUGUAAACUAAUGUAAAGUGCUUUGAACCUGCUUGGACUAAUGACUGAAAACCUAAGCAUUUAUCGAUGAUCGAUCAAAUGAGGUCUAUUUAAGGUAAAUACCAGUGGAUUGUUUGACUUGGGAUUUGUUGUACAGAAGGUCUUAUUGAAAACAAAACUCAAGAUACGAAGAGAUGCUCUACAAGGUUCUUCUCAGGUCGCCAUGUCACACUAAACAAUUUUAGAACCUUAGGUAAGGAUUCGUGGUAUUCUAGAACAGAUUGACAGAUUUCUCCUGGAAUUUCGUAAAUAGAAUUGGAUUUGUUGCUGAACCGACUACAAUACUGAAUCUUUAAAGCCACAGUUACAUAAGACAUGUCUUACAAAGACACAAAAACCUUCCUGUCCGUUCUAUUUGGCGUCUUGGCUAUCAUUAAUCUUACAGGUAACAUACUGACAUGUAUUGUGGUCAAGCGGAUUAUAUCCCUACAUACACCAAUGUACUAUUUACUGGUUAAUCUAUGUGUAGCGAAUAUCAUCAUGGCCGUACUAAGCGCCGCUAUGUAUAUCUUCAGCCCCGUCUACCAACAUCCAAGUGGACAGGCAGGAGAUUAUUUAUGCAAGUUUAUAACUGGGGAAACGAUAUUUUGGAUCGGCGGCUUUGCGUCAGGAUUCACGCUUGUUUUGAUAGCGUACGAGCGCUAUCGAGCUGUGGUUUAUCCUCAUGAUUUGUCGACACGCCUGAAUCUCAAACGGCUUAAAAUAGCGCUGGCUAUUAGCUGGAUUUGCGCGAUUCUUCUCAACUUGCCUAACUUCAGUACUAUUAAAGUCUACGAGGUUAGCAAGACGAUACGUGUGUGUAAAGAAGGAUGGGAAGGUAACACUACUGGCAAGGUGUGGUCUGUUAUUCUGGUCUUCAUUAGCUUUAUUUGUCCUUUAUCGACAGUUUCAGUCUUAUACUCGCGCACGGUCUACCAUCUGUACAAGCGACAAAGGCAGAUCAUUGACGUGAGUCAAAUGGCCGUCACUAAGGUCAGGAAAAAAAUCACGAUCGUUCUCAUAGCCAUCACUGUGCUAUUUGCAGCUUGUUGGACUCCAGAUGGAGUUACGUACAUCUACAUUCACUUCUCAAAACCAUCAACAGAAGACAGUUUACGGGGAAUCCCGAUCAUCCGAGAAGUAGCCAUACUACUAGUGUGUUUCAACUCCGCAAUCCAUCCAUUCCUAUGCGCGUUUACGAGUCAGGAGAUACGAAGAGGGCUCAAGAAGAUUAUUUGCAGAAAAAAGGAUCUGCUGGCUAAUCGUCCCCAUCUACAAAGAACCUCCCGAAGAUUAACAAUUUCUCUAAAUGCAACUAAAAUGGAAAACUGAAAUGCUUGGAAGUUUGUGGGGGAUCUCGACGAGAAUAGAAAAAGAAAACGUGCCUAGGAACCGUAGUGUGCAGAUCUUAUCGUAAAUCCUAUCAACACGUUUGCAUAUUGUAUCUAGGGACAUCUAGGAUAAUGAAUAGAAAACUGAAUAAAAAUGGGGCAAUUGAAUUAA